CAAAAAGUCAAAAAACAAAAAGCUCUGUUUUCUUUGUCUCUUCUUCCAUUCAGAGAAGAAAAAUCAGCCAUUGUUUUCAUGCAGAGAUUCUCCACAGUAGUAAUGGACACCUCGACACUCCUUUCUUCUCCUUCUUCUUCUUCUUCCAGUUCUCUUUCUCCUUAUCCCUUCCACAAGCGGAGCAUCUUCACUACCGCAACUUCUUCCUCUUCCUUCAAGGAAGACACCUACUUCCUCUCCCAACUCAAAUCAUCUGAGAACAAAUCACUUCAAGAACUCAAGAACAAGCUCAACUCCAUUGCUUCUUCUGGAGAAUCCAACAACAACAAUGACUAUUAUUCGAUGUGGGGCAUUCCAUUGCUCACCGGAACUGAAAACGCCGACGUCAUUCUCCUAAAGUUCCUCAGAGCAAGAGACUUCAGAGUCUCUGAUUCCCUCGCCAUGCUCCUCAAAUCCCUCUCAUGGAGGAAGGAAUUCGGUGCUGACGCCAUUGUUGGUGAGGAGCUAGGCUUCAAGGAUCUUGAAGGAGUAGUAGCUUAUAUGCAAGGCUAUGACAGAGAAGGCCACCCUGUGUGUUACAAUGAUUAUGGCGUGUUCAAAGAUAAGGGAAUGUAUGGGAAGGUUUUUGGCGGUGGUGGUGAUGGCGGUGACGAUGAAGAGAAGCUGAACAAGUUCUUGAGAUGGAGGGUUCAGGUUCUUGAGAGGGGUAUUAAGCUUCUCAAUUUUAAGCCUGGUGGGGUUAAUUCUCUCAUUCAGGUUACUGAUCUUAAGGACAUGCCAAAGAGAGAGUUAAGGGUUGCUUCUAAUCACAUUUUGUCUUUGUUUCAAGAUAAUUAUCCUGAAAUGGUGGCUCGCAAGAUUUUCAUCAAUGUGCCAUGGUACUUCUCAGUGCUGUAUUCAAUGUUCUGUCCAUUUCUGACCCCAAGAACAAAGAGCAAGUUUGUGAUCUCUAAAGAAGGAAAUGCUGCUGAGACACUUUACAAAUUUAUCAGGCCUGAGGAUAUUCCUGUAAGGUAUGGAGGACUGAGUAGGACUAGUGAUUUGCAAAAUGGUCCCCCAAAACCUGCUUCUGAGUUCACAGUUAAAGGAGGAGAGAAAGUUAACAUACAAAUUGAAGGAAUUGAGAGUGGUGCAAGUAUCACAUGGGACAUAGUGGUGGGAGGUUGGGACUUGGAAUACAGUGCUGAGUUUGUCCCAAAUGAAGAAGGCAGCUACACCAUAGCAGUUGAGAGGGCAAGGAAAGUUGAAGCCUCAGAAGAAGCCAUCCACAACACUUUCACUUCAAAGGAAUCAGGCAAAUUGGUGCUCUCUGUUGAUAACAGUGCUUGUAGGAAGAAAAAAGUUGCUGCUUACCGCUAUUUUGUGCAGUUAAAUAAUUAAGCAUCAAAUAAUAAUUAUGUUAAGCUUGUGAUAUUUGCUUCUCUCUUUUUUAAAACAAUAGUUUUUGUUAAUUAUGGUUUGAGCUUGUUAAAGGCUAAUGAAGUUACUAAGCAGUGUAUUGGUGUUAUGUAUAAAAUUUGGAAAAUGGGUGGUAGGACAUGUUCAAUUGGGAAUUGGUAUAGAAGAAAAAGCAAUUAGCUUUGCUUAGUAUUGAAUGCAUUCAUUUCAUCAUGAUAACGAGUUUGUUGAUUAUACGCAGUAUUGUAGUGUAUUUGUUCUUACAUCUCUGUUUCGGAGAAGUAUCUGAACAAUUUGGAAAGAAUUAUUG